AUGACCAUUCCGAAAGUGGUAUUGGUUUGCCUGAGCGUACUUUGCUUUGCCCUGGCCAACUCGGCCCAUCAGUUUCUGCUCAACUACAACGAGGAUCAGUGCAUCGUGCUGUCGGGCGAAAGCGGUGCCGGCAAAACUGAAUCCUCCCGCAUGAUUGUCCACUUCCUGACGCAGCUGUCGGAAAUGCGCCGCAGUAGAACACCGAUCUUCUCGCUUCGCGGAUCAAAUCCCAACUCGCGCCAAACGACACCGAAGCACUGUACCAUCACCCGCGUGGGUUCGUCGUUCGAAAGCAGCACCUCCGGGGGCACCGGCCGACUGGACAGCAUCAUGAAGUACAACACCACCAGGAAAUGUUCCCACGAGAAGACGGUGGAAUUCGAUUUGAUUUCGCACCACAAGAGUUCGGAGAACCUGGCGGCCAUGAUGGGAGGCGUUGGCGGUGGCGGAGGUGCCGGGGUGAUGGGUAGCACCCCCAAAUGUCUAAAGCACUCGAACCAAUCCAUCAGCCGGUCAACGGAAGCGAACGAUUUCCCGACAAAGUCGACGCUCAAGUCGGCAUUUGCUGUAUCCUGUCCGAAGCACAACUGCACCAGCAGUGGCAGUGCCGGUAGCAGUCACAUGGAUCUGCAUCGCAUGUGUGGCUACUCUCCGUCGCUGCAGAAGCGUUGCAAUUUGAGCCGAUGCUGCCACCAGAGUAGCACCCGGUCCAUCCACAAGUCGUCCUCGUCGAUUGCGCUGACGUACGAUCAUAGCAUAGCUAGCAGUAUGAUGUCACCAUCGGUUCAUCGGCGGCAGAUCCUGAAGUCCAUCACCAAGGAGGUGUACUUGCGCGAUCUGGAAUUGGCCAAGAUGCGGGAACGGGUAGCGCAUGCCGAGGUGUUCCUGGAGGCGAUGGGCAAUGCGAGCACGCUCAAGAACGGCAACUCCAGUCGGUUUGGAAAAUUUUUCGAUAUCGAGUUCGAUUACAAGGGUGAUCCGACGGGAGGACACUUAACGUUAUAUAUGCUGGAAAAGACACGCGUGACGAACCGGAGUCCGGGCGAAAGAAACUUUCACAUCUUCUACCAGCUGCUCAGUGGUGCUGAUAUCCAUUUGCUCAAAUCACUCAAACUACAGCGCAAUAUCGAUCGGUACGAUCUGCUCAAAUACAGCAUCACCAACGAGGAAGACCGGACUAAUUUUACUUUUACCAAGCGCUCGCUGGAGGUGAUCGGCUUCAAUCAGGACGAAAUCUUCUCCAUCUUCACCAUCCUGGCGGUGGUGCUGAAGCUGGGCAAUCUUAUGUUCAUCCCCACGACCAACAUCGACGGAAGCGAGGGCUGUGAGAUCUCCAAUGAGUAUGAACUGGACGAAAUCGCCCAGCUGCUUCAACUUGACGGGCACCUGCUGUUCCACUGUUUGACGCGGGUCGGUGAGAGUUGGGACCAGAUCGAAACUGACGGAUCGGAGAUUGAUGCCACGUACGCUGCCAAGAUCAAGUUUGCCCUGUGCCGGACAUUGUACGGGCGCCUUUUUACGCUGGUUGCCGCAAGGAUUAACGAACUGUUGAAGCUAAAGCAGUACGGUUCGCUGAGUGCGGUUCGAGGGCGCACCAUCGGUCUGUUGGAUUUCUACGGGUUCGAAGUGCUGGAGAAGAACUCCUUCGAACAGUUUGCCAUCAACUACUGCAACGAACGGUUGCAGCAGCACUAUGUGAAGAACGUCCUCAAGUACCAGCAGGAUCUGUACGUGGCGGAGGGGAUCGAUUGGAUUAAGAUUGACUUUUUCGACAAUCAAGCGAUCUGCGAGUUGAUCGACAAGCCCUGCUUCGGGAUUCUGCACCUGCUGGACGAACCGCAGAUAAUCAACGAUGGAAUUUUGCUCACUCGGUUGCACCAGUGUUGCUCCGGCCACACGAACUUCCUAGCCCGUGAUCCCAGUUUGCCUUCCAACUGUUUUCAAAUUCGCCACUUUGAGGGACCAGUGCUGUAUACCAGCCAUGGCUUCAUCGAGAAGAAUCUGGACCUGCUACCGAAGCACAUAAGCGCCUGUCUAUACCAAAACUGCGAGCUACCGAUCGUGACCAGCCUCUUCCCGGAGGGUAAUCCGAAACGGCACAAUUCCGGCCGCAAACCGACCAGUCUGAGUACAAAUCUUCGAACUUCGCUACAGACGCUGUUGAAGCAACUAGAACAACGCUACAAUCACUAUAUCUUCUGUAUCAAACCGAACGAAUUGAAGCAACCGAAGAUGCUGGAAUUGGGGCUGGUCCAGCGCCAAGUUCGGUACAUGUGCUUAAUGCCGUUGAUCAACCUGUGGCGCAAUGGACACUACUUCAAUAUGGUGCACUCGCGUUUCGUGCAGCGCUACAAACUUCUCUGCCAAUACACGUGGCCUCACUUCAACGGAACGAUCAUCGACGGGGUGGCCCUGAUUAUCCGCAGUGUUCCCCUGCCCGGAGCCGAGUUUACCAUCGGCCGCAAAAAGGUGUUCAUCAGAAGUCCCCGAACCGUAUAUGAGCUGGACGAGUUCCGGAAAGUGCGGCUAAACAAGCUUGCCGUACUGAUUCAGAAGACCUAUCGUUGCUAUACCAAGCGGAAACACUUCGUCGCACUCCGCCACAGUCAGCUGGUCAUAUCGACCUACUGGAGAAGUUGGAGGGAACGAGAGAAGGUGCGGGUAACUGAAUUCAAAAAGCAAGCUCAUUGGGCGGUCCAGGUGAUCGGUCGGUUCUUCAUCCUCAUCAAAACCCGUGAAUUCCUGCUCACCCUGCUGCUGCGGUUACCGCACGACAACAUGAGCCCCAUCUGCAACGAUUGGCCAACGGCACCGUCGGUCCUGGCCGAGACGUCUCAACUGCUGCGGAACAUUUUCCACCGCUGGCGGUGCUACAAGUAUCGAAAGUCAUUCGAUCAGCCGGCUCGGAACCGAAUGCGCGAAAAGGUCACUGCCAGUAUUAUCUUCAAGGACCGGAAGAUCUCCUACCCCCGUACGGUCGCCCAUCCCUUCCACGGGGACUACAUCCGGUUGCGGCAGAACAUCCAAUGGAAACGGGUCAGCUGCGAGCACAACGAUCAGUACGUGGUAUUUGCCGACAUCAUCAACAAGAUUGCCCGAUCGAGCGGGAAGUUCAUCCCAAUCCUGUUGGUGAUUUCGACCAACUCGAUGCUGCUGUUGGAUCAGAAAACCAUGCAAAUCAAGUACCGGAUACCGGCGUCGGAGAUCUACCGCAUGUCGCUCAGUCCGUACUUUGAUGACAUCGCUGUGAUUCACAUACGAGCGGAUAAUUACAGCUCGAAUAUGUCGGACCGGUCGGAAUCGCCCACCGGGUGCUUGUUUCAGUCGGAAAUCGGCCGGAAGAAGGGUGACUUUGUGUUCCAAACGGCCCACUCGAUCGAGAUCGUUACGAAGCUGUUCCUGGUGAUCCAGAAUGCAACUGCCAAAUCUCCCGAGAUCGUCAUCAGCACAGAAUUCGAGGCUAACUUCGGCCAGCAGACGGUGGUAUUUACGUUCAAAUGCGGAGGCCUAGUGGACAAUCCAUACAAUCAGACCCGUGUCCAGCGCAAAGGCAACCGGAUGGAGGUGAUUGUGUAACAGAGGGCCUUACCGGAGGGCGCUACUGGUGGAGGAGGAGGAGGAGGCGGAGCGGGUUGUUCUGAAUUGAUACAGUUGUUCGACUACGACGACGAGGACGGUAUGGAGUUUGGCGUCCGGGGGUUAGAAUUCGACUAGCAACGUAAGUGUACGGGUAUUUCCGUAAAAUUCCACGCUACCUUUGUUAACCAGUUUACUCAAUCCUUGUAAGGAUUAACAUUGCGGUCUUUCAUUAGGCGCGGUUGUUUAUUUCGAAAAAGCAAAGGCCGCGUGGAACUUUGUGCCAAGACCCUUUUGAACGGUGUUUCUAAUCCACUGAAUGUUACCAUAGUAGCACGGGAGAUAGUUUUGUUUAUAUGUUGAAGCAAUAUUUGAUUGUUUAGUGCCAGGACAAGGCGUGUUGAUUAUACUUGUCUGUGGUGUUUUAGAGAGCAAUCGGGGAAACGCUGCUAAUCGAGAAUAGGGGAAAAACAUGAUAGAAACUAAUAUGUACCAGUUGGUUGAUUGUUUUAGCAAACAGUGUAAAUCGAAACUACAGUAGUUCAAACGUGACGACUAACAGGUAAAUUUGAUUCCGCCAGCGGAAGCGUUUAAAAUAAAAGAAAAAUAAAAUCAAUUACGGCAACCUAUUAGCAAUUGAAAACUACAAAAACAAACUUGGAAUUUAAUCGUAGAGAGACUUUUAUAAAUCUAUUUAAGUUGAUGAAAUUAUAAGAUCUAAUUCCAUACAAUCAUAGUGAGUAUUAUAAACGUAAAAAAAAAACUAAUUUUAUCGGAUCCCACGCACGGUGUGGGCAACGAUCUCGGAAGUUGGGUACCAAUGACCACAGGGAGUCGACCCACAAACGCUCGUUCAAGCCAAUACUAAAUUUUAACCUAGAACUUAUUUUUGAUAUUGAUUUUAUCGACUACUACUUUCGAUAGACCACGCAAAGUUUGACAGAGUUUUAACAGUCAGUGCUCUAGUUUUCCACGCAUACGAGUUGAUCGGUCUUUGGUAUUUUUAAAUAAAAGCGAAAAUCAAAACAACAAGUUAUAGUAAUAAAUGGCAGACUGUGUUGUGACUUUUGUC